CGUGCUGCUGCUGCCCCUCUGCACCGCGGCCUUCAUCGUGCUCAGCGGCCUCGACCCGUUCCACCCGGUGCGCUGGAUCUCCAAGUCUUUCAAUGAUUUGUAUACUUCUUAUGUCAUCUUUUGUAUCUUCCUGAUGUCUGUGGUGAUAAUAGUAAUAAGCAUCUUCAACGUUGAAUUUUAUGCAGUGGUGCCAUCAAUACCAUGCUCUCGAUUAGCACUGAUAGGAAAAAUUAUUCACCCUCAGCAAGUGAUCCAUUCCUUUGUUCAUGCUAUCAUGGGAAUGUUGGUUGCUUGGUGUGCUACAGUCAUGACAAAAGGGAGGUUCCAGUUUCUUGCUGUGUCCUGCACACCUUCAGAAAGCCUAGAAGAUGCUGUUCCUCAGAUGUGCCUAAAUGAGUAUCACCUCUUCUUUCUGCUUUCUGGAGCUUUCUUGGGAUACAGCUACAGCCUCUUCUUUCUUAUUAACAACAUGAAUUAUUUGCCAUUUCCAAUCAUACAGCAAUACAAGUAUUUACGUUUCAGAAGAUCUUUGCCUCUCCUGAUAAAACACAGUUGUGUGGAAUCACUCUAUUUUGUUAGAAACUUCUGUGUCACAUAUUACUUUUUUGGUUACAUCCCAAAGGUUUGGAUAUGUACCACGAUGGGCCUUCAUACAGACAGCAAAUUACAUCCUCUUGACACUCUGAGUGGCUUAUUGGAUCUCUCCUUGUUUUACCAUACCUGGCUGAGUGGUGUGUUCCUCCUGAUGACCUGGUACAUUGCUUGGCUGCUCUUCAAAAUCUAUGCCACAGAGAGUCAUCAUUUUCCCAUUCAACCAACGUUUGCUCAGGAGACAGACCAGUGCCUGCCUAAAAUUCUGAACAGCAAUCCUCCCCUCCUUAUAAAGUUUUUAGCCUUACAAGACUUGAUGUUACUUUCCCAGUAUUCUCCUGUUCGACGACAGGAAGUCUUCAGCCUCAGUCAGCCAGGUGGGCACCCACACAACUGGACUGCAAUAUCCCGGGAGUGCCUGAGUCUCCUCAGUGACCUGACCCAGAGGCUGAUUGCACAGCAGGAAGCAGCAGCAGCAAAUGGGAGAGCAAAGCCACCAGUGGGAGAGCUGAAAGUACCUCCACAGACUCCAGGAGCUGCUGGGAUAGAAGAUAUGUCAUUCCAGUCACAGAGGUCCAACAUUGUUCUCAGAGCCUCCAUGUCUCCCCUGGUUAAGCCAUCCCUGAUGCCUGUGAAGAUGUCUCCUGGCUCUGAUGUUGGUUCACCUUUCAGCUCUCCUGCUUUAAGUUACAAGAUGGGAGCUGUGGAUGUAAAAUCUCCUUGGCAUGGAACAGUUCAAAGUCCCCAUGUCACGAGGAGGGGACCAAAGCUGUGGACGUCGGUUUCAGAUCAGCAAAUGAAUGGUUCCCACCAUGAACCCUCCCCUGUGCUCUCUGCUGCAAGAACUGGGAGUGAGGCAGUGCAGCCAAAAUUUAUUUACACAUGGCUUCAGAACAAGCAAGAACAGAUAAAAAACUUCUUGUCCAAACGGGCAUUGAUAAUGUAUUUCUUCAGCAAGCACCCAGAAGCCUCCAUCCAGGCUGUCUUCUGUGAUGCCCAAAUGCACAUCUGGGCUUUGGAAGGUCUGUCUCACUUGGUAGCAGCCUCCUUCACUGAAGACCAGUUUGGAGUUGUCCAAACUACACUGCCAGCUAUCCUGAACACGCUACUGACUCUUCAGGAGGUCGUAGACAGACAUUUCAAACUGCCACAUGUUUCUAGCAAACCUCCCCGGAUUUCAGGGAGCCUGGUGGACACAUCCUACAAAACACUAAGAUUUGCACUUAGAGCAUCUCUGAAAACAGCUCUCUACAGGAUAACUACUGUCUUUGGAGAACACUUGAAUGCUGUACAAGUGUCUACAGAACAUAAGAAAAGACUUCAGCAAUUCCUGGACUACAAAGAAUAAAUUUUGAUGCAGCUAUGGUUGGUUUUUUCAAGACUCUUGCUAAGAAGAAAGUGGGACUAAUGAGGCUUUUUACAUUGACUUUUUGGAAAAGCAUAUGGAAGUAUAAGUUACAGAACAAAACUUUUAGAACUUUUAGAAGAGUACUCAUGGCUUUGGAUCACUUUUUGUAUAAUAAAACUUGUAAAAUUCAUCUUGCUUUCUUUUAAUAUCACUUAGAAAUGAGAAAGUGCCAGUUCUUCUUUCUAGGUAAGACUAUGACAUUUAAGAUUGCCAGAGUUAUUUUGACACUCAGAUCUUUCAUUAUUUUUCACACUGUGUUCUUUCCCUACUCUCUUCUGUUAAGGGGCUGAGGAGAGAUUCACGUAGAUACUUAGUGCUUAAGUGCUUCAUAAAUUUAGUUGAUAACACUUCUAGAUCAAGAGUGGAGUUAAAGUGUAGGAAACAGAUGUGCCCAGGAAUAAAACAUGCUGCUCCUCUGUAAGCUGGAAAUGUUCCUUCAGAGUAAAAUGGGUGUGCAGAAAGGCAUUAUUAGCACACAAAUACUGCCUGGAAAGGGAGCAGCUCAGAUUUUUAUCUUUAAGGUGACUUAGCAAACCAAGUUCUGAUCUAUACAGAAACUUACAGGAUACUGUACUGCAUUUAGCAAAACUCCCAAGUAAUGACACUGGGAAUUAAAGUUUAGAUCAACAACUUUCUGUUUGGGGGUAGAAAGGGUGUUUGCAGCACACCCAAAUUUUUCAAAAUGGUACACAUUAUUGGUAGAUUCUGGUGAAAACCACUAUUUUUUAAAAGCUUUUUAUCUGAAAACUUAUCAAAAAUUUUGAAAA